CCCCUUCGUGUCCUGUCUGCCCCCGCCCUGGGCACCGGGUCGCACCUGCGUCUCCCUCCAGGCUUGCAGCUGCGCCCCCUUCUCCCCCAGCACCCAGCUGCCCCGCUUUUCUCCCCAUCAUGGUGUGGAUGAGCUCAGGACCCCCAGCCAACUGCAUCUGGGAGGUAACCGGGAGCCUUCAGCCAUCAGCCACUCAAGGCUGUGGCCCAAGGGGGGCAAAUCCCACACAACAACGCAGACCCAGGUCACCCAGCGCAGGUGGAAGGAGGAGCGUCCCAUGGCACAGGUGAGCAACAAGCCAUCAUCCUGGGGCGGACGCACCACCCUAGCCUGCCAGGUCCAUGGCUUCUGCCCCAAGGACGUGGCUGCUGUCUGGCUGAAAAAUGGGGAGGUGCAGCCACAGGAGACGAGCCAUGCAGGGGUCCUUCCCAGCAGAGAUGAGACCUACCAGACCUGGGCCACCAUCGAGAUUGACCCGAGCAGCAACCACAACUACGCCUACAGCGUGAGGCAUGAGAGCCUGGGGGCAGCUCUGAGAGUGGCCUGGGACAAGGGCCAGACAGAGUCCAAUCCAGUGCUGACUGUGGGCAUCAUUACUGGUGUUGUGUGGGUCAUUGCAGGUGUUUACUGCCACAGUAAGUGCUAGGAAAAGCCCUUGGAGCCAGGCUGUGCCCAGGCCUUGGUGCAGGGGAGCAGGAAGGGCUCAUCACUGCUGUGCCUGGGACCUGGGAGGACAGUGGAUUCUCCAGCUGCUCUGGGCUGCCAGGCCCACAUGACCCGGGGGUGGCAGUAGCUGGGGCUGGGGACAGGUCUCACCCUCGCUCCCAUGGAGCUAGCAGCUCUGGCUGGUGUGGGGCCACGGAGCUCCUUGGUGUGAGCUCUGGGUGAGGGGCAGGACCAGGCCAACUUCAGCUAAUACAAUCACCACUUCUCAACACAUCUGGAGGGCGCAGACCCCGGCCAGGCUCAGGAGCACAGUCCCAUGCAUGGUCCUGAGGUUGCUUGUUGCUCACCCAGAGACGCACACGCUGCACAGCCUCUGCCUGCUGUGGCUCACAGCUCCCCAGCCUGCAGCUUGUGCAGCAUCCACAUUGCUGAGGAGUGUUUGGCCUCUCCCUCUCCCUGCCCAGAUCCGGGGUUCCCCUGCCACCAUCACCCUCCAGGCACCCACCUUCCAUCUCCUUUGGGCUCAGCCCUGAGAUGUUGGCAGAUAUGAUGUCCUGCAGUAACCCGACAUGGGAGAGAGGCAGAGAUGACCGGAGUCCCGUGGCUGCACCAGCCUCAGGCUCAGAUGCCCACGGCCCGCUCAUCCCCUGGUCUGGGCAGGGCCUGGAGGACCUGGGGGAGGGAGCAGGGGGUGUGCACUGGGCCAGCACCUGGUUCUGGGCACUGGGCACCAGCUACACAGCAAAUAACAGAGAAAAAGGGGCAGGAGCCACAAUGUCAGGUCCAGCAGGUCAGCGACAGAGGCGAUACCCAGGAACCACUACUUAGUGGGCCAGAGGACUGUGGCAGGGGCAGUCCUGGGCAUCUGGAGGGCCGUGGAGACCUCUUCAGAUGGCCAAGAGGACACACCGUGGGUAGAACCAUGGGGCAGGAGGGGAGGGACUCACCCGCUCUGUCUCCAGUGCACAACGCAGGCAUCCAGCUCACUGCUUCAGGCGCAGGCUGGGUCACAACUCAGGAUGCAGCCGUGGCAGCUGCUGUACUGCUCACAGGCCAUGGUGUUGACCUAGGUCACAUCCAUGGAGGAGCCCACGUACAGCCAGCUCUGCACUGGGGAUGCACAGGCAGGGAGGGACUAGUGUGACGGGGAAGCCACAUCGGAGGCAAUGUGCACAUGCACAUGAUGGGAAGGAGAGGGACCAAGGCCUGCCUGUGUUGGGCUUGCUGAGAGCUUGUUUGGCGGGCUGGGUGUGUGGGUCCUGUGCUCUGAGCAGCAGUUCUGCGUGCUGCUAGCUGAGUGGUUGCUGAGCUAAGCACAGACAGCCAAAGAGCCUGAGGAUGAAACAACGCAGUCAGUGCUCACCUGUCAGUCGAAGCUGCAUGGACUGAACUGAGAAGCAAGUGAACAGGCAUUCAGUUUUUUUCAGGAAAGGCAGCCACAUCCCCCCAGUGGUGCCGGGGGGUGCUAGAGCCGGGGGGCGCUAGAGCAUGGCUUCCUGCCUGCCAGCCACUGCCAAAAGAAGGGACUGAAGCUCCAGCGGAGGGCACGGGCACCAGCCUGAGGAGGACUGCCCCACAGGCAAACCCUGGCUGUGGGCUGG